AUGACGACAACAAAUCUGUUCAUCUCUCUUCCUCCUGAAGUGUUGAUUCAUAUUCUUGAAUAUUUAUUGGAUAAAAACUAUCAUCACCAUACAAUCUCAACAACAACAACAAUAACGAGCGAAAGCAAUGGCAUUGAAGAAAAUUCAUCAAAGAAAGGCUUGAUUGAAUAUUGUUCGGAGGCAAAAUUGAGAGAGCUCAUCCAACAGAUCAAUACAGUGAUGACUCUUCAUUCCACCUUUUCAUCAAUACAAGAAAGAACUCAAUCCAAUGUGGAUUCUCAUUCAUCAUCAUCCAUGAUGAUUACAAAUUAUAUGAAUGAUCUUUGGUGGAGAAUAUUUCAAAAAUAUUGUUCCACUCUCGAAAUGCAACAAGUUACUGAAAUGAAUUUAUUGAAAGAACAAAUGUUAAAGAAGGGAAUGAAACGAUGUGUGAGUUUGUUUUUGAAAGUGAGAGGAACAUGGUUAAAAAAAAGAAAGGGAAUCGAUGUGAACCGUACUGAGGAGUGUAAGGUUGUAGUUUUAGGAGAUGGAGGUGUUGGAAAAUCUGGUCUUGUCAUUCAAUUCAUAAUGGGACAAUUUAUUGAAGAAUAUGAUCCCACCAUUGAGGACAGUUAUCGAAAACAAAUGGAGGUGGAUGGCAACCUGGCCAUAUUGGACAUUUUGGACACUGCAGGUCUAGAAGAAUAUUAUGCAUUAACACGUUCUUACUUACGUUUUGGAGAAUGUUUUGUUUUUGUGUGUGCUGUUGAUGAUCUCCGUAGUGCUCACAAUCUUGACAGUCAUAUUAGAAGUAUGGUUCACCAUAAAGAUUCAACUGAUGUGCCCUGCAUUUUUGCAAUCAACAAAAUUGAUCUUGUUCGUGAAAAUUCAAUUGAGGAUAAAAGUCAGCUUGUGACAGAAGAUAUGGUUUACAAAUUGAUUGAAAAACACAAAUUGAAAAAUUUUGCAAUUUUUGAAACAAGUGGAAAGAGAGCGAUCAAUUCAAGUGCCAUAUUUGAGGAAUGUGUGAGAAGACAACGAAUGGGAGAUUUUAACAGUACUGAAUUCAUGAGGGAAAUAAUUGAACACAAACUUCUUAGCGAAAAGAAAAAGUGUUCAAUAAUGUAG